UUGGAUGGCUGAUAAAAUUGACUCUGUGCCCUUUUAAGGAAAAACGUUUUUUAAUAGAAAGAUUCAAGUUUUAGUACUAUUUCGCAAAAAUUUAGUGGCGGAGCGUUGUUAUUUGACACUGGAGCGCAAUUUUAAAAUAUAUAUAUUUUUCCCCAAAUACGUGAAGAAAUGUUUUCUUUAUCAGAAAGGUUAAUCUUUGGAAAUAAAAAAAAUCUACACGUAUUAAAGGAGUUUUAAAAAUUUCGAAUUUAUUCCUCAAGGAUAACAGCUUGAAUUCAGUCUCUCAAGAAAUUGAUUGUCUUACUGAUCAAGCAUGAUUCAUUUGGUUUGGGCGUAUCACAUUUUCGCAAUUAUUUUAAUGGCGAUGACUGUCUCUGUUGGGUGCAAACCAAAGGCUAAGAAACCAAAAGCAACUGCUCCAAAACCGAUAAGCUCGAUCUCGUCAAACUCCAAAGUCGCCCCUCCAGCCCCUCCACCACCACCACCAGAAGCGGAAAAGAAACCGGAAAAGGAAGAAGAGCCGAAGAAGGAGAAGUCGAAGAUGAAAAGUGAAGUAAAGGAACCAGAUGCUCCAAAAAAAGAAAAUGAUAAAACAUCAGAGGAUAAGAAGGAGAAACAGGAGGAUACAUUUGAUGCUGUCAAACCGAAACAACAGGAUGCUGAUAGAAAGAAGGAAUUGUGUGAUAAGAAGAAAGCUGAGAAUAAGGGAGAUUACAAGACAUGGAAUAAGAUUAUUGAAAAUAGUGAAUUCGAUAAGACUUUGAGUGAGAAUGAUGGAUAGAAGAAGAAAAAGAAGAAUAAGGAUGAUGAUAAGGAUGAGAAAAAGGAAGAUACAGAUGGAAAGAAGGAUGAGAAAAAGGAGGAUACUAAGGAUGACAAGAAGAAGACUGAGGAGGAUGAUAAGAAAUAAAACUAUUGAAUAUUGAAUAAAUCCGUUGAAAAUACAA